AGAGAGAGAGAGAGAGAGAGAGAGAGAGAGAGAGAGAGAGAGAGAGAGAGAGAGAGAGAGAGAGAGAAUAAAAAAAAAAAAGAAGAAACGGAUGCUGCGCCGAGUCUCAAAGUCGCCGAAACCCCCCCAGAUGUAAACAACAAGUGCAGGUGAAGUUUGGCAGGUGUGAGGAGGCAGGCUGCUCCCCCCACUCCACCAAGUCCUUCGGGGCGUUGCCUCCACCUCCGCCACUCUCUCCCACACCCUCGUCCUCUGCCACAUCACCUGUCUCACCUCUGUAUGCCGUGAGUGCGAGGGGACCGUCAUGGCUUGGUCUGGUGGCAACUCAACCACCACCAACACCACUCCCUCCAACAGCGCCUUCUCCCACCUCCGCAACAUGCAGGAGGGGGACCUCAGCUCGUCGGAGGAGUGCCUGGUGUACACGCCUGGCAGCAGCAGCGGCAAGGGAGGCUCCAGUGCUGGCAGCUUUGCACCAGCCUCUGCCACAGCACUCCCUUCCAACCACCAGGCCAACAAGACCCAGGCUGCAUCCAUGCCCCUCUCUGCUGGAAACAGCUUGGAUGGACCGACCACAGCUCCUCCCCCCUCCCCUGCCUCCCCAACGCUCUACACCAACCACACCAGCCAUGCCUCAGCCCCCAAAGCCUCCACCAGCCCUCUCACCACUGAUGGGACUGAGGAAAGUGCUGGGGCUAUCCUCCCAUCAACAGUGUACAACCACCCACCCAUUGGUCCCCCCAUCUACCCAUCCCUUCCCCCUGUGCCCCCUCCUUCAGCCCUCCCCAUCAGCCUUCAGCCCUCUGUCCCCACCCUCCCUCCCCUCAACGCUGUAGGUCUCCCCUCACCUCCUCCUCCACCACCACCACCACCACCACCACCUCCUCCACUCUCUGGCGCUGUCUCCCUCCUACCUAGUGUUCUCUCCAAUGGUGCUCCUACCCCUGCCCCAACUCCUGUCUCCCCUACCCCCCCUAGCAGUGGCCCUCCCCCCUCUCCUGCAGCUGGUGGGGGUAAUAAUGGCCCACUACCCCCAACCUCUGCAUCGGGGGCAGCCACUACUAAUUCCAAUGGUGUUGCACCUGCUCCAGUGGUGCCGCCUAAUAAUAAUGGUGGCGGGUCACCUCCGCCCUAUAACUGGCAGGCCAAUAUGACCACCGUGAAGGAGAGAUUUGCCUUCCUGUUCAACAAUGAGAUACUGAGUGAUGUGCACUUCCUGGUGGGGAAGGGCGACUCCUGCCAGAGGAUCCCGGCCCAUCGCUUUGUGCUGGCGGUGGGCAGUGCCGUGUUUGACGCAAUGUUCAAUGGGCAGCUCAGCACUCGCCAGGACCAGAUAGAGCUGCCCGACGUGGAGCCACAAGCUUUCCUGGCGCUGCUCAGGUUCCUCUACAGUGACGAGGUACAGAUUGGACCUGAGACGGUGAUGACAGUUCUGUACACCGCCAAGAAGUAUGCUGUGCCAGCCCUGGAGAAGGCCUGUGUGGAUUUUCUGAAGAGGAACCUUUCCCCUGACAAUGCCUUCAUGCUACUCACCCAGGCGAGACUCUUCGACGAGCCCCAGUUGGCUGCACUGUGCCUGGAGACCAUCGACAAGAACACGGCAGACUCCCUGGCAGCAGAGGGCUUCACUGACCUGGACAACAGUACCCUCUGCAUGGUGCUGGAGCGAGACACACUCCGCAUUCGGGAGGCCAAGCUUUUUGAGGCGGCUGUCAGGUGGUCAGAGGCAGAGUGUGAGCGGGAGGGCAUGCCAGUGACAGGAGCCAACCAGAGGAAGCUGCUUGGGCCGGCUUUGUCUCUGGUGCGCUUUCCUCUCAUGACGGUAGAGGAGUUUGCCCAGGGACCUGCCCAGUCUGGCAUCCUCACUGACAGAGAGGUGGUGCAGCUCUUCUUACACUUCACGGUGAACCCGAAGCCACCUGUCAAUUUCCUGGACAUUCCCCGCUGCUGCAUGACGGGCAAGGAGCAGACAGUGUGCAGGUUCCAGCAGAUAGAGUCCCGAUGGGGAUACUCUGGCACUAGUGACCGCAUCAGGUUCAUUGUGGACCGGCGGAUAUUUGUGGUUGGGUUUGGCAUGUACGGCUCCAUCCAUGGUCCAUCAGAGUAUGAGGUGACCAUUCAGAUCAUCCACACUGCCACGGGGAAGGUUUGUGCCAGUAAUGACACCAGCUUCACCUCGGACGGAACAGUCAACACCUUCCGAGUCAUGUUCAAGGAGCCAGUGGAAGUUCUGCCCAACACCAACUACACUGCCUAUGCUACACUUAAGGGUCCGGAUUCUCACUACGGCACAAAGGGGGUGAGGAAGGUGGCAGUGGAGUGCCCCUCAGGAGACCGAGCCACCUUCCAGUUCACCUAUGCUGCGGGCAACAAUAACGGCACGUCGGUGGAGGAUGGACAGAUCCCCGAGAUUAUCUUCUACACUUAGAAACGGUCCUCGAUGGUGCUGGCCAGGCAAGGGGCUCUGUGCAGUGUCCUCUUAGAUGUAGCGUUGGUUGUACUGGGAUACUUGGUGGUGGUUAGUUUGGUUGCCUGCCACAACAGCUCUAGUAUUGUCCAGGCAAGGGUCUCUGCUGGGUUACCCUCAUAUAUUGGUUUUAUAGGGAUGCUUGAUGCUUCGUGGUUUUAUGUUUUGUUUUACUUAUGAAGUAAAAAGUUGCCUACAUUUACAGUUCAAGGCAUUCCUGUAUUAGUAUUAUGAAAGCAAGGGUCUCUGUGGCUUGUCCUCUCAAAUCUGUUACUGGUUUUACAGGAAUGCUGGUAUGGUUCAAGACAAUUUGACUGAAGGUUUCAUUAGUGUAUUCUGCAACUUACCUGUCUGAUCCUGUGUAUACAGUAUGCUUUAGGAAUACUUAAAUUAACAUAUUGGAUGCAAGCAGCAAUAGUAAAUAACACUAAGUAUAGCUAAUUUCAAGUUUCAGUUACAGAUAAUGUUUGCUGGCUGUGUAUAUUAUUAGUGUGAUAAGUAUUUCUAAAGUUUAUAACAGUACAAGCACUGGUCUUGACAGGUAAGCUGCCAGACAUGAUAAUACAACCUUUAGUUCAUGUGACUGCUGUUAGUUUGACAGAAAAUGCUGGUUAAUUUUAAGUUUGUUUCUUAAUUAUGAGGUACAAACCCACAGUGAAUUUGAUAGGAAAAGAAUAUAGACAAAUAUGGAGGAAGCUUAACAUUGCUGGUCACUCAACAUUGCAAUCAUUUGUGGGUUCAGAUGUGCCCAGACCAGACUGUUAGGUUAGGACUUCAAGGUGAUGGGUAGACUAUAAUCAUUGCUGGACUAGUUGUUGUCAUGAGGAUAAUUGAAAUAGAGAGCUGAGUAUCUGAAUAUAAAACUAGUAAUUGACUGCAUAUGAGACUAUAUGGAAAGGAAAAAGCCACUUAAUAUAGAAGAAUUUCCAGGUUAUAGUGUCCAAGGAAUCUCAUGAGCUGAAGAUGAUCAAAAGUAUUGUUGGUAUAAGUCACGUUUGUACUGUCACAGUCAUAAGAACUGCACUUCAACUACUUUCAGAAGGCUCUAGUUGAUGUGACACAGGUUUUUAAGGGUGUUUUUAUGGUUGUAGUGACAAAUUAUUAAGAUUUCUACAUUAUUAAAUGGAGAAACACUCUUGAGAACCUGGCUUGUCAUCUGCAUGACCUUGGAAAACAGUAGUGGUGAUAGAGCAGUGUUACAGAAUACUGGCUUAAGUCAUAUAACCUGUCCUCUUUUCCCACUGUAUUUUGUGUUUCUCCUGUCUUAAGUUAUUUUGUAUAAAAAUCUGUCAGUUGUAAGUUUUUUUAAGGAGGUUUUCAACAGAUCAGAGCAGAGAAAACAGGAAGCAAGUACAGGGUUUGUGACUGUGACUGUACAUGCAUAUAAUUGUGUGUGUGAGAGUGAGUGAGUGUCUGUACAUGUGUGCGUGUGAACUUAGCCAUUAGACAUUAGAGGUGGUCACUGUUGAGGCAUUCACGGUUUAUUUCAAGUAUUCCAUGUGUUAUGUUUCCUUCCCCUGAGCAUUAUGGUUUAGACUGGGUGUGGUAUUAGUAGUGGCUUGUGCAUGUCCCCACACACUCCUUAGUCCCCAGGAAUUGUUAGUAUUACACACUCAACUUCUUUGCUCAAGUAGAGUAUUACAUUUAAUUUGAUGUUACUUGGAUAUGUUUAUUUAGGCUUCAUUGCUAUUUAUGUCCUUGGAGAUAGGCAUUGAUGAUAUGGUUUAUAAAGCUCGGUGCAUUUCAAUAGGUUAAGACGCUGUGUUAUGUUAAAAUAGGGUUUGUGUAGAUGGAGGUGGUCAAGUGUGAUGUUGGUGACAGUAGGUAAACAAGAGUGUGGAAUCACCUACUGUCUCUGGUGACAUCAACAACUGUACUGUGAUGUUUUCCUAUGUAAGGUUUAGUAUUUGAUAGCUGGCAGGUUGCAUGGAAGGCAAGGAGGCUCAGAAUGGAUUUUCCCCCUAUAUUAUAUAUGAAGGAGGUUAUACAAGGCAUAAAAAUGAAGGAGGAGAGAAAAAAAGACACUAAUUUUCCUCUCUAUAUCUGAAAGAGACAAGGCAAGGCAUGAAAAUAGAGAAGAAAGAAAAUCCUAAAAAACAACUAAUGAUUUACUAGGAACUAGGAAAUGUCUGGGGCAUCCUGUGUGGGAUUGUUGCUGUGGAGUAUAAGUGGAGAGAUAAAUAGGAAAUGUGUAGAGUAAAUAAAGUUGCAAGACAAGAUAGUGAUGAUAAGGCUGGUAAUGGAAGCUGUGUCAUCUCCCUCCUAAGCCUGAGCCAGUGUCACCCUUGCCCGUGCUACCCUGCCUAGUAAUUGUACACAUAUCAUAGCAGGGGGUGGUCAAGAUACCCUGUGGAAAUUAAGCAAGGUCAGUGGUCAUUGGAGAUUUGUUUUGAAGGUUCCAGUCAUUCCCUGCAGUGUCUCUGUGGUGCAAUAAGAGUGUUCAGCCACAUCACCUGCAGAAACUCAUGUGGGUGUGGUGUGAAUGGUUCCUGUGUUGUUAGACGGCUGAGUUGCAGAUUGUGUCUUGGUUCUGGUAACACACAGGAACUGAUGAGCUAAAGAAACUGUUGUAUUACUUGGUUGUGGUGUUGCUGUGUAGUAUUAUGUAUUAUUGUUACUGUUAUCUCAUCCUGCUUACAUAUUCCCAAGGUUAUACUGGGAUAGUUAUUACCGUGUUCUUAUUUUUGCUUCACGAGUUUCUUUGUGCAGUUAGGAUUCCUGCAAAUUCUACACUUCAUUGCCGUUUAGAAUGCCAAAUAACCUUAAGGGUAAGAGAUUCUAGUCAUGUGUUUUAAGGUAACAUGCAUUAGAUUCUUGGUUCUUCAAUAACUGACCUAUGCUGGAAGCUGUCCUGUGUACUCUCUGUGACCUAGGAAAUAUAAACUUGGUAUGGGAA